AUGGGCAAGGAAACGCUGGAGCCGUUAAAGAAGCUGAAGCCCGUUCCAGCAGGCGAAUGUGAGAUGGUUGAUAUUGCCAAGGUUAUUCGCUCAAAGAACUCGAGUCCCUCUGAACUGACACUGGACAUCGUGUUCGACGAGCGGGAGGCUUAUGAGCGUGUCAAAAAUGCGGGGAUUUUGACCAACGAACGGCUCAUGAACCUUUACCAUCUGAAGCCCGGCGACAUCAUCGUCAACAUGUUCCUUGAGCCAGCCCUGGCGUGGAAGUGCACAUUACGGCGACCCUGGGAACAAGGGACAGUGGGCGAGCGGGAUACGAUGGGCACCCAACAGCAUGCACCGCUGCUGACGCUCAAAGUACCUGCUGCUUCAUCGUCCUCUUCCUUGAAGCACAAGUUAGCCCCGGCGACGCCAGACCGCAGCGGUUUCUCCACUGCGGACUCAGUCCAAUACAUAUGGGAAACGCUGGGACUUCCUUCGGCGUCGCUGCAAUCUCUGCAGCUCCCUGAUGCCGACAAGUUGGCAUUGCCGUCAUCGUUUAAGAUUGGGCACUUGGCUCAAGCCUCAAUCGGUCUGUCAGCCUUGCUAGCAGCACAGAUUCACACACUGCGCCAGCAGAAGACGACCCGGCCCCCUUCCGUGACGGUACCUCUGCGCCAUGCGGCGAUCGAGUUCAAGUCGGAGCGGCUGUAUACGCUCGACGGACAACCGCCACCGUCUUCAUGGGGUUCUAUCGGCGGCUUGCACAAGACAUCUGACGGAUACGUGCGUCUACAUGACUCAUUCCCCAACCACCGCAAUGGGGCCAAGGCACUGCUGGGGUGCAUAUCUGAGGCCUCGCGGGCGGCCGUUGGGGAAGCGAUUGCGCCCUGGCGCUCCGUGGACCUAGAGACGACAGCCUUUGAUUCCAAAUUAGUGAUCUCCGCUUUGCGGAGUUAUGAACAAUGGGAUAAGCUGCCGCAGGCGCGGGCAAUUGCCGACUUGCCUAUCCAGCUACGUAAGAUCGGCGAGUCUCCCGUGAGUCUGCCCACAGGUCUACGCGGUGGCCCCGCCGACAAGUGCCUUCGAGGCCUCCGGGUGCUGGAACUUUCGCGAGUGAUUGCUGCGCCCGUGGCAGGCAAGACACUGGCAAGCCACGGAGCCGACGUUCUGUGGGUGACAAGCCCGAGCCUACCGAAUCAACCAUCACUGGACAGGGAGUUUGGACGGGGGAAACGUACGAUCCAGCUGGAUCUGAACACGGAUCCCGAUAUGGCAGAGUUGAAUAGACUCCUAGACGGAGCGGACGUGUUUCUCCAAGGAUUCCGGCCGGGCAGUCUCGCAUCGCGAGGGCUGUCCCCAGAGGCACUGGCCAAGAAAUUCUCCAGCCGUGGCAUCAUCUGCGCCAACAUGUCAGCAUAUGGACCGAACGGACCGUGGUCACAGCGACGAGGAUUCGACUCACUGGUGCAGACGUGCUCUGGUAUGAACGUAUCCGAGGCAGAACACUUCGGGGCAGGCGAGGCGGCGCGGCCAACCCCCUGCCAAGCACUUGACCAUGCCGGUGGGUAUUUUCUGGCAGCAGGAAUCACGGCCGCACUCUACAAGCAGGCCACUGAGGGGGGAUCCUGGCAGGUGGACGUAUCGUUGGCCGGGGUGAUGAAGUACCUGCGGUCGCUGGGACAGUAUGAGGGGCGAAGCGGAUUCGAGACAACGGACUAUGAGUGUGUAAGGGAUGUACCAAGCGAGAAUCUCGAGACGCGGGAGACUGGAUUUGGGGUUAUGACUGCUGUACGACACUCGGCGUCGAUCGAGGGGGUAGCUGUAGGGUGGGACAUCAUGCCCAAGCCGCUGGGGUCUGACGAGAAGAGUCAUAAUGUCACUCCACAUGUCUGA